AUGGCUAACAUGAACAACAUUGUCGUCGUUUUCGAUUUCGACAAGACAAUCAUCGAUAUAGAUAGCGAUAAUUGGGUCGUCGAUGAACUUGGUUUCACUGACUUGUUCAACAAGCUUCUUCCCUCAAUGCCUUGGAACUCUCUCAUGGAUCGGAUGAUGAAGGAGCUUCAUGAUCAUGGUAAAACCAUUGAUGAAAUCAAACAAGUCUUGAGAAGAGUACCGAUUCAUCCACGUGUCAUCUCUGCCAUCAAAUCAGCUCAUGCUCUAGGGUGCGAGCUGAGAAUAGUGAGCGAUGCGAACACGUUAUUCAUCGAAACGAUAGUUGAACAUCUUGGGAUUAGUGAUUUUUUCUCUGAGAUUAACACAAAUCCAGGAUUAGUAGAUGAACAAGGAAGGUUAAGAAUCUUUCCUUACCAUGACUUCACCAAAUCAUCACAUGGUUGCUCUCGUUGCCCUCCUAACAUGUGCAAGGGUUUGAUAAUUGAGAGGAUUCAAGCUUCUCUAACCAAAGAAGGGAAGAAGAUGAAGAUGAUUUAUCUUGGAGAUGGUGCUGGUGAUUACUGUCCCAGUCUUAGACUAAGAUCUGAAGAUUAUAUGAUGCCUAGGAAGGAUUUCCCGGUUUGGGAUUUGAUUAGUAAAAAUCCGAUUUUGGUUAAGGCUACGGUUAGAGAUUGGACCGAUGGUGAAGCUAUGGAGAGGAUAUUAAUGGGAACAAUCAAUGAGAUUAUAUUAUCAUCAGAGGAAGAAGAAGACAAGGAGAAGAUGUUGAGCUCUGAUAAUUGCAAGAUAUCUGUUGGGAUUGUUCAUGAACCUUUAUUGCCUCUGGCUCUUCAAGUUCCCACUAAAUCUUGUUAA